AUGGCCCCUUCCCAGCUCCCCCCGGUUUUCAACCCUACCGCGCAGGACAUCGAGAUGCUCCUUGCCGCUCAGUGCCACCUUGGUUCCAAGAACCUUCAGGUGCACAUGGAGCCUUACCUAUGGAAGCUCCGUGCCGACGGUGUCAACGUCCUGAACAUUGGCAAGACCUGGGAGAAGAUCGUCCUGGCUGCCCGUAUCAUCGCCGCCAUCGACAACCCCGCCGAUGUCUGUGUCAUCUCCGCUCGUCCCUACGGUCAGCGUGCUGUCCUGAAGUUCGCCUCCCACACCGGUGCCACCGCCAUUGCCGGUCGUUUCACCCCCGGUAACUUCACCAACUACAUCACCCGCUCUUUCAAGGAGCCCCGUCUCAUCAUCGUGACCGACCCUCGCACUGAUGCCCAGGCCAUCAAGGAGGCUUCUUAUGUCAACAUCCCCGUCAUUGCCCUUUGCGACACUGACUCCCCCACCGAAUUCGUCGAUGUUGCCAUCCCCACCAACAACAAGGGUCGCCACGCCAUCGGUCUCGUCUGGUGGAUGCUCGCCCGUGAGGUCCUUCGUCUCCGCGGUACUCUCGCUACCCGUGAGACCGAGUGGGACACCGUUGUCGAUCUCUACUUCUACCGCGACCCCGAGGCCGAGGAGAACAAGGAGAUUGCUGAUGAGGCCAAGGUCGCUGGUGCUGAGGAGAUCGGUGCCGGUGCCAUCGAGUCCGGCUUCGCUGGUGAGAACUGGGAUGCCUCCGCCCCCGGCGCUGGUAACCCCGGUACUGCCUUCGCUGCCUCCGCUGCCACCGCUACUGCCGGUGCCACCAGCUGGGAUGCCGAGGGUGCCGACUGGGCCGCCAGCUCCGCUCCCCCCACCACCGAGUGGGCUGAGGCUCAGCCCGCAGCUGGUGAGGCCAAGUGGUAA